CCGAAGAAGAAAAAGAGCUGUUUCUCCAAUUAUGUUGCCUUCCAUGUAGGAGGCAGCCUGUUUUCUUGGAUACUUCUAUCUAGUUUUCUCCCACACCAAGCUGGUUAUAGCAUUUCCACCUCCCUGGAAACCAUGGCCGAACAGGCCACGGAAUCCGCCCGGCAGCCCCAGCACGACGUGGUGCUCCAGCAGCGAAUGGCAGCCCUGGAGCAGGAGAGAGCAGAGUUCUCCAAGCUCAAACAACAACUGGAGUCUGAGUUCAACCAGAAACGGGCCAAGUUCAAAGAGCUCUACAUGUCCAAAGAAGAGGAGCUGAAGAGCCAGGCAGCGUCUCUGGAGGGGGCCCAGUCGGAGCUGAGUCGUGUCCAGGCCCAGCUGGAACAGGCCCAGGCAGACAUGGAGAACAUCAAGGCAGUGGCCACUGUGUCAGAGAGCACCAAGCAGGAGGCUGUUGACCAGGUCAAGGGACAGUGGCAGGAGGAGGUGGCCUCCCUACAGGCCAUCAUGAAAGACACAGUGCGUGAGUACGAGGUGCAGUUCCACCAGCGCCUGGAGCAGGAGCGUGCUCAAUGGAACCAGUACAGGGAGGCAGUGGAGAGGGAGAUGGGCGAGCUGAGACACCGCCUCUCAGAGGGUGGCCAGGAGGAAGAGAACUUGGAGAACGACAUGAAAAAGGCUCAGGAAGAUGCAGAGAAGCUGCGGUCGGUGGUGAUGCCCAUGGAGCAGGAGAUAGCAGCUCUGAAAGCCAAGCUAACAAUGGCAGAGGACAGGGUAAAGGAGCUGGAAGCCUCAAAGGUAAAGGAGCUCAAUCAUGUCCUGGAAGCAGAGAAAUCCUGCCGCACAGACCUGGAGAUGUACGUGGCGGUGCUCAACACUCAGAAGUCUGUCCUUCAGGAGGAUGCAGAGAAACUACGUAAAGAGCUCCAUGAAGUUUGUCACCUGCUGGAGCUGGAGCGGCAGCAGCACAACCAGCUGAAGCACACAUGGCAGCGGGCCAACGACCAGUUCCUGGAGUCCCAGAGGCUGCUGAUGAGGGACAUGCAGAGGAUCGAGAACGUGCUCUCCUCCGAGCAGCUCCGCCAGGUGGAGGAGAUCAAGAAGAGGGACCAGGAGGAGGAUGAUAAUGAAAGGAUCAUCCAGGCUAAGGAGCAAAACGAGGAGGACGGGACAGAAACCGAACCUUUAGAAGACUCAUUUCUUGGGCUCAGUAUUGAAGAGCACCACAGUGCCCACGGCUCCAUGUACUCCUUAGACACAGACCUGGUGGCAGGGGGCCCCUUGGACCCCUACAAAGACUGCCUGCGGAGGGUCCAGUCCACAGACAGCCUGGGUUCCUCUCCCGGUCUCCAGGGCCUGGGGGGCCACAACCAUAAGGCUAAGUCGGCCAGCCACCUGGACGAGUCCGACUUUGGGCCCCUGGUGGGGGCGGACUGCGGUGCCUCUGAGGGCCUGGCGGGCUUUGGGGACACACUAUCGGUUAGCUCCAUCCAGCUGACGGCCGGCCACUUCCUCCUCACCAAGGACCAGGAGAAGGCCAUCAAGGCCAUGACACCGGAGCAGGAGGAGACUGCCUCGCUGAUGUCCAGCAUUUCUCACGCCCCCGACACCGCCUUCCUUUCCCCAUCAGGCUACCGGUUGGUCAGCGACCAGGAGUGGAACCUGCUACAGCAAGAGGUGAAGAACGCAGGGAGGAAGUUGGGUCGGCGGUGUGACAUGUGCUCCAACUACGAGAAACAGCUGCAAGUCAUCCAGUGCCAGGAGGCAGAGACACGCGAUCAGGUAAAGAAGCUCCAGGUGAUGCUGCGGCAGGCCAACGACCAGCUGGAGAGAACCCUGAGUGAAAAACAGGAGCUGGAGGACUCUGUGAAACAGGGAAACGAGGAAACCACUGCCAAGGUCGCUGCUCUCAUGCAGAGAGUCCACGAGUCGGAGUUGCUGCUCAACACACUACAGGAGGCCUUCAGUCAGGCCAAGAUGAACACACAGGAACAGAUGGCAGUGCUGAUGCAGUCUAGGGAGCAGGUGGCAGACGAACUGAGCAGACUGCAGAGGGACAACGACAGCCUAACAGGCAAACACCGACUCCACUUAUCUCUCCAGCAGCAGGAGGACUUCAAACUACCCACCACGGUGCAAGAACUACAACCACUGGUCCUGCAAUUGCGGGAGGACAUAGUUGCGGUGCGCACGGCUGCAGACCACUUAGAAGAGAAGCUGAAGGCGGAGAUCCUGUUCCUGAAGGAGCAGCUCCAGGCAGAGCAGUGCUUCAAAGAGAACCUGGAGGACACACUACAGAUGGAGAUAGAGGGCUGCAAGGAGGAGAAAGACAUCUUGGAAGCGUCAUUCUCAAGUCUGAAAACCGAGCUGGAGCGAGUGAAAGAUGAGAAAGAACAGCUGGAGAGCAGCUUGGCAGAGAAGAGCAAGACAUUAGAGAGAGUCCAGGGUCUGAAGAGCAGUCUGGAGGAGCAGCUCAGAGAGCUCACCACAACCAAGACUGCCCUGGAGGCUCAGGCGUUGGAUGAGAAGGACAAAGCACAGCGCUUGCAGACGGAGCUGGACGUCAGUGAGCAGGUGCAGAGAGACUUUGUCAAGCUCUCCCAGACCCUCCAGGUCCAGUUGGAGCGGAUCAGACAGACUGACUCUCUCGACCGUAUCCGAGCCAUCCUCAACAACACCAAUUUAACUGACAUCAGCCAGCUCCCAGAGACAUGAUACCCAUGGCUGAAGAAACUGCAUUCCCCCUCCUUCCACUCUAUCUCACUGGCCUAAUGAAAUUCUCCCACCCCUCCAGGCCACUCCCCCCCCAAUGGAAGGGCUCAGGAUGGAUAAGAGCAGUGUGGGUGUUUUUAAAUAAAGACUAAAUCCAAGGUGGAGGACAAAAAAAUAAUUAAAAAAGAUAGGAAAAAAUACCUUUUCUGUACAGGAGGAUUUGGAGCAUACCGAGGCAGGAGUGAACACUACUACUAAGAGGUUGCAAAUAACUAAAUGACUGUUUCCUGCGGAGUGGCAAUUCCUGUCUGUUUAUCUGUCCUGUGUUUUUACUGUAGAUAUUGGACUGACCAUACUAGCCCAACCAAAGGAGGCGUUUGUAGCCUUCUAAGGCACUUUCUUCUACAACAGGGAUCAUCAACUUGAUUCAGCCACGGGACAAUUUUUUUCUUGAGCGGAUGGUCAGGAGGUCGGAAACAUAAUUACAAAUAAUUGUAGAUGGCAUAUUGACCACAAGAAGCCUAAACAGAUAUUUGACUAGAACAAUAAUUUCAAACCUUGCUUACGUUUUUAUACCAUCACAUAGAUCUCUCUGUGUGGGAAUACUUUGGAACAUAUUUCGAAAAUUAAAAUCACUUGGCGCUUAUUUGUUGGCGUUUUUAUGUCCAACAAAUAAAAUCACCGCGGGCUAAAUUUGGCCUGUGGGCCGCCUGAACUACAACUUCUUUCAGGUAAUGGGAACAAAUGAAUCCACAAAAUGUCUGCCAUGUCUGCAAGUGGUUAAUAAAAUUCUCCCACCGUUUCUCACUUA